AUGUCGGAGAAGAAGAUUCGACAAAAGGAGCUCAAGCGACGCAAUGUAAUCGAUUCCAUUCGAAGAAUCGAAGAUUUCCUGGCAAACUACGAUGCAGAUCGAGACAUAAACGAAGUUGCGAUACGUAUGAGCAGACUGGAUUUAUUGAUGGAAAAUUUCGAGGAGAUACAAGGUGAAUAUGAAACACUCGAUGAGAACGAAGAAUUUGUUGCGGCAAAUUUCGAUAUCAGAGCAAUGGUGGAAGAACAGUUUUUUCGUGUGAAAAGUGGUCUGGUUUCCAAAGUCCCUCCCUCUAAUCCAAACCCUAUACAAACACCAACAUCGGUGACUCACAACUCUGGUGUGAAACUCCCAACAAUAGUACUUCCGCAUUUCGAUGGUGAUCUGAAUGAGUGGCUUACUUUCCACGAUUCGUAUACCUCUCUCAUUCAUACAUCAAGAGAGAUUCCUAACAUUCAGAAGUUCCAGUAUUUACGAUCUGCUCUGAAGGGUGAAGCUUUGAAAAUCAUAGAAUCUUUGACCAUAACAUCCGACAAUUAUCCAGUAGCAUGGGAAGCGCUGUUGAAUAGAUAUGCAAACAAAUAUAUACUCAAGAAGAAACAUUUGCAAGCAUUGAUAACUCCACCUAAACUUGCCGUCAAGUCCGUAUUGAUGAUAAGAGAUGUAGUGGAUGAAUUCCAACGCCACGUAAAAAUACUAAACCAAUUGGGUGAGCCUACUGAUCAAUGGAGCAGCUUGUUGGUACAACUACUCAGCAGCCGAAUUGAUGAAUUAACCUUGAAGGAAUGGGAGGAUUAUGUAUCUGGAGAAGAAGAACCAUCCUACGACAAUUUUAUUAAAUAUUUAUCAAGAAAAAUACGCACACUCGAAUUGUUAUCAAUAACCUCUCAAGGCGUGCAACCAUCAUCGCAAGUCAAACAAUUUAACCAAUUGAAGCGGAACUCAACAUCUACCAAUUCACGAGUGAACAGUUAUGUAUCGACCGAUUAUAAUUUACCAGAGUGCUUUGCUUGUAAUCAGCGUCAUUUUUUAGUCAAAUGUCCCACUUUCGAGAAGAUGCAAUUGAAGGAUCGUCUCAACCUGGUGAACACGAAGAAAAUUUGCAGCAAUUGUUUUAGGAAUGAUCAUUUUGCUAGAAAAUGUCAAUCAAAAUUCAGUUGCAGAAUUUGUCAGAAACGACAUCAUAGUAUGCUACAUCCUGGUUUCGAAUCGCAAGCGAUAUCCCGAAUUACACCUUUCACAAAUUCCAACGUGACCAGUUUCAACAAUGAUUUCAACGUUUUGACAGCGAAUUCCAUCCAAUCAACCAAUCCCAAAGUGACACAUUCUGGUGCUAAUGUACUGCUCUCAACAGUCGUACUAAUUAUCCAAGACGGUUACGGUAAACAAUAUUUCGCUCGGGCACUGUUGGACUCGGGUUCGCAAUGCAACUUAAUGAGCGAUCAACUUUGUCGGAGACUGCGACUAGUUAGGAAUCGGACAAAUCAACCUGUUUUCGGUAUCGGAGCGUCCCCAACAGAAACCUUCGGAAGCGUAUACACCAACAUAAGUUCAAGAUACAGCAAUUUCUCUAUUCCCAUGGAGUUUUUAGUACUCAGGCAAAUCACCACAAAUUUACCUACCCAUACUAUACCAACAACAGAGUGGAGGAUCCCCGAGAAUAUCUUCCUGGCAGAUCCCGAAUUUAAUAUAUCCAAAGGAAUUGAGCUUAUUCUCGGAGCUGAAUAUUUCUUCUCGUUCCUAAAGGGUGGCCGGAUACAAAUCGGCAAUCCAUCGCCCGUUUUAAUUGAAAGCGUGUUCGGGUGGUUUGCUACUGGAACGGUUAUGGUUAACCCUAUUAUCACAUGCCAAAUGCAUUGUUUUUCAACGAUUGAAUCUAUUGACCGUAAUUUGGAGAAAUUCUGGCAAAUUGAAGACAUAGAUGCAACUAUCCCAUCCGCCAAUGAUGAAAUUUGUGAACAAUUUUUCCGCGAAACAACAACAAGAGAUGUCACUGGUAGAUAUAUGGUCAAAUAUCCAAAGAAACGUGAUAUGUCGAAAUUAAUUGGCGAAUCAUACUCCCACGCCUUGCGAAGAAUGGAAAGUCUAGAACGAAGAUUGGAUAGAACUCCUGAACUCAAGAUAAAAUAUCACGAUUUUAUUACCGAAUUUAUCAACAUGGGUCACAUGCGAAAGGUAUCGGUAAGCGAAGAAAUUCCACCGGUGGUCUAUUAUCUCCCUCACCAUCCGGUAUUGAACGAAUCAAGUACCACCACGAAGGUACGCGCUGUGUUCGAUGCUUCGAUGAAGUUUAAACGACACACUAUUAGUCGGUCCAAUAAUCCAGGAAGAUUUAUUAAGUUUAGUUCUCAGAUUCCGCAAAUACAAGGUAGCGCUAACAGCAGAUAUAGAGAAGAUGUAUCGUCAAAUUCUAAUUCAUCCCGACGAUCGCCCUCUACAACGUUUGUUAUGGCGGUUUAG